AUGGAAGGGAUGAGCAAGCUGGCCGGAGGAGGAGGGGACGUGAGGCUCGUCGGCGCCGGAGACGACGGCCGCCGUCGCAUGGCGGCCGCGGCCGCGGCGGCGCUACGGUUGGUCGAGCUGGACCUCAUCGGCACGGUGGGCGCCGCCGUGUCAUCGGCGCCGGCGCAUCUGCUCGCCGUGGCGCCGGCGGUGGAGGAGAACGAGGAGGACGGGGAAGGCGACGGCGACGACGGCGACGGCGAGCCGCGGCAGCUGUUCGCGUGCCACUACUGCCGGCGCCAGUUCUACAGCUCGCAGGCGCUGGGCGGCCACCAGAACGCGCACAAGCGGGAGCGCACGCUCGCCAGGCGCCACGCCGCCGGCGCCGGCGCCGGCCACGCGCCGUCGACGUUCGCCAUCCACGGCGCCUUCGUGUCGCCCUCGCCCGGGUGGACGCUCCCGCCGCACGGCGGCGAGGCGAAGGCGACACCGCCGCUCGCCGCCGGCGACCGCGAGCUGCGGUGGUGGGACGGUGGUGGAAUCGUCGACUUCCCGCGCGACGGAGAGGAUCACACGCGCCUGCUCGACUUGACGCUAAAACUGUGAUCUUGCAAUGCAAAGCUUGCUUGCUUUGCUUGCAAGUGUUAAUUAAAACACACAUGGACAUAAUUUUGCUGCUCAAAAAUGACCUUCUUGUAAUACUUUCUUCUUGCAUCUACAUUCUUGAUCAUGUCAUGGCCUGCUGAUGUAUAUAAACACUAAGCUACCAUGUAAAUUUUGCAGCUAUAUGUUUUUACUAUGUCUCAGAUCAAAA